AUGGAGCUUAUCAAUUAUGAUGUUAAAAGGUUGACGGUUUCUUCCACUGCUACUAAAUCGCAUAAGCCAAUCUUGUUAGUGUUACAUGGAAUUGGUAGCAGUGAAUACUGUAAUAUCACUUAUCUGUUAUCAAGUGUGUCCGAAGAUGUGGCUAGGACUUAUGACUUUUUACGCCGGCAUAGAUAUUGGAUUUGUGCCCGAACCAAGACAUUUGGACAUUCGCUAGCUAUUCGUUCAGUGAAAUUUGAAGCUGUUGUGGGUCACUUAAGAUUAGCAUCAUCGAAAGAACGGAUUAGUCAGGCUGAACUUCUGGAUGUCUUCCGCGACUGGAUAUCUUUUCAUGGCAUAGUUAUUGUUAGUUGCAACGAUGUUUUGUGUAAAGCGAAGGGAAUGUACGACGUGUUAUGUGUUACGUGUUUUGACGUAAUUAGUCUUCGGAGUGGGACUGUUCUUGAUAAGCAGAUCCAGGAGCACCAGUUACUAGUAGCAUUGAAAAUGUAA